AAAGAAAACAAAGCACUCGCAUAGUUUUAUUAGCUUUGAUUACUUGUAACAGCCACUGACGAUCGACGAAAUAGUAAAAUAAAGUCUUGCGUACCUAAUCCACACGGAUAUGAUACAGUACUGGGGAUAUAAUAGGUAGGAGAAUGUCGAUCACUUGGAUACGAGUGUCUGUUCUUCCAUUCUUGACGCAAAACUUCGAGCUGAGAUCUACUGUAGAACCCCAUCUUCCAACUUCUCAAACACAAAUUCGUGACUUUUAUUUAUUUUUGGUGCCCGAGAGCUCCGUAGUUCGAGACUACAGCUAGACGGCCAAUAUGCUCGCCUUCAACUACUUCAUCCUCUCUUUCAUCGGCAUAGCUCACGGCCUACCGAUACUCUUGGCCGAGAACAAGCGGGACCAGCUCAUCAACCUCAGUCCCAAUCUCGAUCUUGGGCUCGAUGCUAAUAAUGAUAACUCCUGCCUUGGGUUAGGCAUCUCCGUGUGCGAUCCCAUCACCGUCGACUCUGAGAAGAACUCCACCGUCGAACAUGACAACGGCUCUAAGGCUAAGGAAGAGCCUAGCACCAAAGACAGUGACUCCGGGGACUCUCUAAUCAACUUGAGUCCCGACGUCGACCUUGGCCUCGACCUGAGCAAUGAAAACAGCUGCUUAGGCAUCGGCAUUAGCGCCUGUGAUCCCAUUACUGUCGGCUCAGAUGUCACCAAGACAGUCAAGGACGGUGGCGACGAGGCCAAGGUCGAACCAUCUUCUGCAGCAUCUACUACACCUGCACCUACAGCAUACCCUGUCCAGCCUAGUCCCACCAGUGGCACCAGUGCUACUAGCAGCCCUACUACCAAGAGCAGCGGUAACAGUCUACUCGACCUCAGUCCAAAAAUCGCACCAGAUCUCAACUUAAGCAACGAUAACAGCUGUCAGGGCAUUGGCAUUUCAGUUUGCGACCCCAUCACGGUGGAUUCCGUCGUCAAAAACAUAAGCUCAUAAUCUUAUAUCUUAGGUUAGGAGGUACCUAGGUAAAUUUGGCUUUGUAAUUGUUGUUGUCUGGGAGGAAAUAUGUAUUUUAAAAAGUUGUCGUGUUACUACUUAUUAUUACCUUGUCUCAGAUACGUCCCUUCAUGUACAUAAUCAACUCUCCUAUAUUUUAUUAGUACUGCCACAAUUUUUCCAGCCAAUCAGAUCCAUAGAAUCGCCCCGCAGUUGGCGACUUUUCCCUUUGCCAUUCUAUCGCAUAAGGUCUGAAAUACAUGCAAAUAAGAUAAAAAAGUCAUGCAAAACGCGCUCUAUCCAACGAUACCAAUUAUCGAAAAUUUUAUACAAUAGUAUAGUAGGUCAAUUGAUUCUACAAAAAAUUCAUCGGACGUGCCCUG